AGCCUUGAAAACCCACAGGGGCGGUCCUCCCCGUCCUGGAGGGUCACUGCAAGUCAGAAUCGACUCGAUGGCGUUGAGUAGAGGGCAGAGAGAAGGCAGAGCUGCCGUUUUCUCCACGUUGAGGGUGCUUGGCAUCAGAUGUGGAUGCACACAGGAAGCAGGGAUUUAUGGAGGGGCCAGAGACCAUCUUUGCCUGCAGGCGGUCCCUCUGGCAAGGACAGGGCAAGGCCUACACUGGCAUGCAGAGUGGUCCCUGCUAACCCAACCAGCUGCGGGCCAACAGUUGAGGGAGGUCCCUUCUACGUGGGGUAGGGAGAACGGCGGACUUCACUGAAAAGGAAUGAACGGAGAGGAUGUUAAGAGCUUGCAGAAGGAGGAAGACUGGAGAGCCAGUCUUGGACCUGGGCAGGAACCUAGGCGAUCCUGGCAGGCCUGGAGGCCAGGACCUGCAAGAACAGCUCAGAACCGGAAGGGCUGAUCAGACCCACUACUGAGCAGGACCAAGGACUCCUGAGGGAUGGCCAAGGUUAGGUCUCAUCAGUGGAUGCUAAGCACACAUUCCCAGGGCCCGGUUCUUUGCCCCCACUAGAUAAUACCAAACCCAUAUUUUAAAUUAAUUUUAAAAACCAUUUUGUUUAGCUCUCUUAAGUAGACCCACACAUGAAUGCUCUACUAGUUAUUACUGAGAGUGACUAAGUAUUAUAAUUGAGCUGAAAAUAAUCCCCCCGCCCAUACUCGCUGGGUUGGUUACUAAGUAUUGCCUGGGUUUUUGAGUAAUGAAGUUGUGUUCUUUCCAAAUGUUAAUUCUGAGGAUGGCAGAUGCUAACCAUCUGUUACAUGACUAGCAUUUUACAAUAUUUGAUUAGCACUUUAUAUAGUUGGGGGAAGCCUGCCAGUGGUGUCUGCCCAUCAGAUCGGGCAUGUUGGGGGUGUGCCCUGUGUGGCUGCCCUGGGAGGUCUGGCCUCCGAUGUGUUGGGCUGAGGGGACUCGUCAGGCCGUUAGGUGCUUGUUCAGCACAGGUGUAACUCGAGGGGCCGGUCCCUGUUGGCAUGCAGCCUUAGAGCUGGAACUACCGGAACCGUCAUGGAAGGAGAGUUGGGCAGGCAGGGGCCCACCCAUGCAUUUGGCCGCAAGUGACAAAAACCACAGAACUGCUGCUCUGUGGCCAAAGGGAAUUAGUUGGCCCAGAUCAAUGAAAAGCCUUCUCAUGGAUGGGCUUGGGGCUCAAAACAAGCCCUUUGGAUUUGACUUCACUUGGUUUCUCUCAAUAUUACAACCCUGUCUUCUGCUAUGUCAUUUUACUCUCCCAAGCCUCAAAAGGAAGCAAAGUGGCCUCCCUGCCAGACUCUCCAAUCCGGUUUCAAGUCUUAACGGGAAGCAGCUGCAGGGGCUUGUCCAGCUUGCCUGCUGCGUUGCCGGGAGCCUCUGAUUGGAGCCGCUUAGGUCAUGUGCCCAUCCUUGAGCCAAUCCGUACGACCAUGUGGAUGCAAGGCUCUGAUUGGUCAGGCCAGGGUGGAGCUCCGCCUGCACUGCCAGGCCUGACCCGAGGAACGCCGGUGCCCGGGCGGGCCUGCUUUCAGAAGGAAGGGAUGGAGAGGGCUGGGAAACCACCUCUCUUCGGUGUCAGGCAGCAUCCCAGAGAACCAGGAGGACCUGGCCAACUUAGCUGUGGAGCUCUUCGCUGCCAGCAAGAUCCAAAAAAACUUCCCCAAAAUUACUGCCGUGAGAGUGGGUGCUGACUCACAGUAACCCCACGGGACAGGGUAAAUGAUCCCGAGAGUUUCCCAGAUUCCGUCUGUGCGAGUAGAAAGCCUCGUCUGACUUCCGUGGAGUCGCCGGUGGUUUUGAACUGCCGAUCUUGCGUUUAGUAGCCCAAUCGGUAACUACUGUGCCAGCAGGGCGCCCCCACCGGGAAUAAAAUAGGCUGGCAAUGAGAGGAGGGCGACUCAAAGCAGGUAACUAGAAUGGAUGCGCUUGUUGGGCGUUUGGGGCGCUUGCCUUCCACCUGUGUUCGUUUCCUGUAGGUUAAGGGCAGGUACUUCUGCCGUGCGUUUUAGCUCCUCCAUCCGCUAUGAGGAGAACCUCGUUCUCAUAGAGGGACAAUCUGGAUGGAGGGGAGAUUAGAUUCCGCUCGGGCCAGUGUGUGAGACAUCGCGAGAAGCCUGCUGUGGGUGGCAUAUGGGCACCUGGCCCGGUGCCAUCUUAGGCGUGGCAGCAGACACCCGGGCAGGGUAGAGCGCACCAUGCCUGUGCCCUGCAGCACUUCCGAGGGAGAGGCCCUGAGCAGUGAACACUGGGGCACAGUCAUGGGCAGGCAGACCCUUCAUGCGUAUUGUACAAGCCCUUACGUUCUAGAAUCUAGAAUGGGGGAGGGGUGCUUUGGGCUAGAGUUGUACGUUCUUUAAGAGAAGCAUGCAUGGCCACGGAGUGGAUUCUGACACCUAGCGAUCUUAUAGGACAGGAAAGACUACCUGUAAGGGUCCCGAGUCUGUCAAUAUCUAUGGAAGCAGACCCAUGUCUCUGCCCCUUUGAGCGGCUGGUGGGUUCACAUUUUGAGGACCUUUUGGUUAGCAAGCCUGGUGCUUGACUGCGGCACUACCAGGACUCCAGGGGAGAGGCGUUAGGAGUGAAAAAGCGAACUCUGCAGGCCAGAGUGCGUACUGUGAGAUCCCAUUCAGAUAAAGCUCUGAAAGCGCUAACCCAUCUACAGUGAUUGGAAGCAGAUCCGUGGCUUGCGGGUGGGGUGGGGUGGAGAGGAAGGAGGGGGCAUCGCUAAGAGGCACGCAGCAACUUUGGGGGCGAUGGAGACACUCAUGUCUGAUGGAGGUGAUGGCCUCGGGAGUAGGCAUAUGUCAAAGCUUAUCAAAUGGUGUACUUUAAGUAUGUAUAAUUGAUUGUAUAUCAACUACCACUCAGUAUGAGGAACCCUCUUGGGACUGUGGUUAAUCGCAUAGCUCUAACUGAAGGCCCAGGGUGGAAACCCAUCAGCAGCUCUGGGGGAGAGAAUACUUGGUGGCCUGGUCCCAUAAGCAGGUAUGCACUGGAGGGCACAUUGUUAAAAGCGGCUCUGGAACCAGAUGAUCUGGGUUUAAUAACUCCAGCUCGACCCUUCCAGCUGUGUGGCUCGAGUGAUACCUGCGCAUGCAUGGAAGGAAGCAGCUUUCCAGAAAGAAGCCAGCAGAAGGGGCAGUGGAUCUCCUGGAUGGCCCCACUCCCGGGGGCAGAGCUGGUCCAGAGGCCGCUGCAGCUCUACCGAUACUUGCUGCGCUGCUGCAGGCAGCUGCCAACCAAGGGCAUCCAAGAGCAUUACAAACAUGCUGUAAGGCAGAAUUUCCUGGUCCAUGCCGAUGAAGACGACCCCCAGAGAAUCCGGCAGAUUAUUCAAAGAGCCAUUGAAGACGCUGACUGGAUCCUGAACAAAUAUAAGAAGCCAAACGGAGAAUCCUAGACCAGAAGCUUGAAGCCGCCCUGAAGAUAACAGAGGCCGCUGCCCUCCUGGGAUCGACCCCCAGCUUCAUCUUCGGAGGACAGGAAGUUGCCCAGGCGCUCCGGCCUCUGCCCGAGAUGGCUCUUCUCGCCCUGUUCCUGACGCCCGGCACUGCGUACGACAUGGGGUUUGGGGAGAAUGCGGUCUUCCUCUUCUUCAUCCUUUGCUUCUUUGUGUGCGUGUUCGUCUUUUUCUACUUUUCCCUCAAAGUGUUUCACUUAUUCUGGAGGUCUCUGAACCACGCCCUGAUGCCCGAGGCGGCCAUGUCCCCAGAGGGCAGCCUGCACGGGGGCAGCAACGUCAGCUUCAGAAUCAGGCAGAUCCCCAUGUGAGCAGCCCCCCACCCCCACCCCUGCGCAGCUGCUUGUCCAGGGUUUUCAGUCACGCCCUCCCCCAGCAAAAUGGCGGUUCAGGCUGUAGGGAGAGUUAGACAAGAUAGUGUCUGGGGCCUGGGGUGGUGUUUGCUGCGGGUUUGUGCCAGUCAAAGCCCCUCGCCGAGCCCUCUUCUUCGGCUUCGAAUGCUCUGCACAGCUCUGCCAUCGUGGUUUGUUGAUGGGCUUGUCCCUCGGUGCGGAAGAGGCUGGCGUUCUGUUCCUACAUGCACCCUCAGAGUCCUCCGUGUUGUGCGGUACCUGCCCAGCAGCCCACCAUGUCUGCAUGCCCAGGAAAGUAGACCACCUGUCUGUCUGCUUAGGAAGGAGAAGCCCCGCCUUCCAGGAGCGGGCGGGCGCCCUGCAUGUGAUGGGGUGCCUGCAGAGCUGGGAGGUGUCGCAGAGCUGCCAAGGACGCAGAGACUGGGGACCUUUUGGCUUUGCCACCAUCGUGGGAGGAAUGAGGGGACCCAGAAGGGUACCUGGAGAACUGGCCACCCCAGGCCCAGUGGAAAGAGGAGGAGUCCCCAGCUGGCUGGCCCCGGUUCUGCUACAAGGACCUCUUCCUUAGCAGAGACUGAAGGCGUGAGAGGGCCUGGGGCAUUCCCAAGAGCCAGAGGAUGGAUCAGCCAAAGAUUAGGAAGGGGGCCUGAUGUUCCCAAGAACCUUCUGCCAGAGGGUUGAGCCAGCGAACCGCCGUGUCCUUGUGCCUUUGUGAUUCAGAUGCAUCCGUGUGUAUGCAGUGACCAACAGCUAAGGAAAUAAACCUCUGUUUGAAAUCUG